AACAGUAUCCGAGAUGGCAAGGAUAUUUGCUGCAGUUUUAACUAUUGCCAGCAUCAUCGGCAAGGACGUACUACCACUUGCCCUUGCACAGCAGGAAGGGUUUGCAACACAGAGAGAAUAUGAUCGAAUGUUUAGGAACGAUGUGAAAGCCACAGGUGUUCAGAGACGAACCGAGUGGCCGGAAUUGCUGCAUAAAAAUAUGUCCGCUGUUUGGGCCCUCUUCUGGAAUACCUUGGACGAAGCGGAUCCCGAUUUCAGCAUGUUUUUGCAAAGACCUCUGCCAAGUGAGCAAAAUCGGCCGCAACACGACGAAGAAUCAGAUGUUUGGUUCUACUUAACACGUGACGACAUCAUAUAUGAAAUCCCGCGGCAUGGUCGAUGGCAUCCAAAUAGAGUAUGUCCAGGAUGGCCCGAGUUGAAGGGUGUACACUAUAGAGAUGCAGUGAAGAUCAUCAAGGACGACAUGCCAGGAGUGCUUGUUGAUUAUGGACCCUUGCGGCGGCGAAAACCUAAAGGAACACAAAUUAACCGUGUUGUCCUGUACGUUGACGAAGAGGAGAAGGUAGCUCGCAUCCCACACGUCGGGUGAGGGGAGAGUUGCAACUAUCAACAUUCUACCUGCAAAGACCAACAAAAUGAAGCACGAUAUAAUAAGGUCAAUCAAUGAAACAAUAUAUGCCAAUCCAGAGCUUGUGAAAUUCCUGCAAUGAAUGGAUCAAAAGACGGUUGAUCAAAAUCCAGAGCUUGUGGAAUCCAGAUCUAGUCCUCUAUUACUUGUUAUGCCCUCUUUGUGAUGGCCUCCAAGACCUACUACAUUACCUUGUUACCUGUAUUUCCUUCCAUUUGUGUUGUGGAGGCAUUUGUCUUUGACUUAUAAGAAUAAUGGCCUAAGUUUAGUAUUUUGUUGUUGGAACUAAAUAUGUGGUGGAGAUGUUUAGACAAGAAAUUUUGCAUCAAAGUAUUUCGGAAAUAAGUUGCAUUGAGAGAGUGAGAGAGAGUGAGAGAGAGUCGUUUCCUUGUGUUUUGGACUGGCUUACAAUUUUUGUUUUUGUUCCUUUUUAAAAAUGAAAAAGAAAAAGAAAAAGAUGUAUUAAAUUAUUUUUAGUUCUUGUUUGCACUUGUAAAAAAAAUAGAUGAGUAAAUGAGUGUAAACAAUUGCUGUUUAAAAACACAUUAAAUGAGCAAUAGACGCUCAUUUAAAGAUUUGUAGAAAGGGUGGUGGAUUGUGGUAGCAAUAUCAAAAACUGAGGCAUUACCAACCCUCUUUAAGAAAAAGCACAAAUAACAAGUAUGAUAACUAAGAAUAAAUUAUGUUUAUUUCUGUACAAUAAUUGUUUUCGUAUUAUUUUUCAA